UCCGCAAUUCGGGCACGGAGGUGCUAGAAUAGAGCUUUCGGAAUUCGACGCUCGACAGUCUGGAAUGGAGGCUGAAUGGAGCCGGAGCCGCUGCCUGCCCAUCUGAAAGAGAGGCCGGAAGAAACACUCGCGCCUUCCAACCGUGCACGCGAUGCCCGACCGAGAUGUGGACGAAAUGUUGACCACAGGUGAAGAAGUUAAGCAGCAAGUUCUCCUGCAGGAGGGUAAGGCCAGGCGUGCCCCCCGCUUGAAAGGCUUUGUUUCAGGAGACCUAAAAAGAAAACACCCAUGCUCUGAUUGUGGGAAAAGAUUUUUCCGUCGUUCUGACCUUGUUCGGCACCAGAAACUCCACACGGGAGACAGACCCUUUACCUGUGCCAAAUGUGGAAAAAGUUUUGUUCAGAGCACCCACCUCAUUGCACAUCAGAAAAGCCACACAAAAGAGAAGCCCUAUAUCUGUCCUCACUGUGGGAGAAACUUCAACCAGGCCUGCAAAUUUCAGGAGGCACCAGAAGGGGGAAGCCACUCAGAGAAGGCACCCUUCCAAAUGUGAGACUGUGGGAGAGAACUGUCCCUUGUAUACCAAUCUUAUAAUGCACCAAAGGGGUGCACACAGGAAGCAGGCCUUCUCUGUGCUUGGACUGCGGAAACAGUUUCAGCAGGAGUUCAACUCUUAUUACGCACCAGAGAACCCACACAGGUGAGAAACCCCAUAAAUGCCAGGAGUGCUGGAAAAGCUUUAGCAGAACAGCUCUUAUUGUGC